GCCUAAAACCGUAGCGUUGUGCAUCUCCCUACUCAUCUUUGCUAUUUAUUUCUGAUUCAUGGCUAGCUCGGAAUAGUUGCGGUACGUGUGGCGGCAACUGACAAUAAUAAUUAGGUACCAGAAUUCGGGCCACUUUCACGUUUUGUCUCCCUUCUAAUCUUGCAUUCUGCGUGUAGCAAGGUCAGUCAAAAAUGUUGUAUGCAUUUAGAUGCAAAUGACGUAUUCAAUUGAUGACCAUUAAGUCGUCACCAAACAGACAGCUUUUUCGUAGUUGGUUAUUGACGUUUUCUACAGCAGUCAUCAACGAGAAUUGUGCAUAGUGUGGAACAUUAGCAAACCUAACUUAACCUUAAAGUUAUAUCUGUUGAUUAAAGGCUGCAAAUAUGGGUGAACGCAAGGGAACAAAUUUAUAUUAUCCACCUGACUAUGACCCCAAAGUCGGUGGUCUCAAUAAAUUCCUUGGUACACAUGCUCUUCGAGAGCGUGCCCGUAAACUUCAUAUGGGUAUCUUAAUCAUACGGUUUGAAAUGCCAUAUAAUAUAUGGUGUGAUGGCUGUGGAAAUCACAUAGGAAUGGGUGUACGAUAUAAUGCAGAAAAGAAGAAGGUGGGAAUGUAUUAUAGCACACCUGUUUAUCAGUUUCGAAUGAAAUGUCAUCUGUGUGAUAAUCACUUUGAGAUAAAAACAGACCCAGGGAAUUUAGAUUAUAUUAUAGUCAGCGGAGCACGGCGCCAGGAAAAUCGUUGGGAUCCAAAGGAUAAUGAACAAGUAGUACCAGAAACAAAAGAAGUUUCUCGUAGAUUAUAUGACGAUGCCAUGUAUAAAUUAGAACAUUGCAUGGAUGAUACAAAAACAGCUCGAUCCCGAGAUUCUGCAUUGGAUAAUGCAAUUGCACUUAAUGAUACUCAUUGGAGAGAUGACUACAGUUCCAACUGUGCAUUACGUGCUUCAUUUCGGGUAAGGUACUUUGCUCGAAAGAAAGAGCUUCAAGAGAAAGGAACUUUAGACCAGCAGCUACUAAAAAAUUCCAGUUUGAACAUUGAAUUGGUUAGCGAACAUGAAGAUGACAUAAAAUUAGCUCGCUUGCUUAUGCACAGUUCACAAAAAGGAAAUAAGAAAGAUACGAGAUCGUCUUUAAAGAGAUUGGUUUCUGUCGCAAAAUCAAAGGAAAAGGCAAAGAAAAUGGCGGUUACAACAUUAAAUAGUGGAUCUACUAAACAAAUUCUAAGAUUACCUCUUAUACAGGAAGCCUCGAGCUCGAAAUCUGAUACCACUGUAAAUUCGUCAUUAGUCAACUAUGACCUUUCAACUUCUGAUAGUGACUCAUAGUAAAACUUUAAACCAAGUUAUUCAGCCCAAACGCACCACCUGAAUAUGGUUUUACCCCAUAAGACUCAAAUGAGCACAUUAACUUCAGGUGGCACGUUUCUACUAAAUAACUCUGUAAAUAAAAAUAUUCAUAAUUGUUACCUUUAUAUUAGUGUAUAAUAAAUAUUUAAACAAAUCA